CUGGAUCCUUGGAAGAUGAACCAAGUUGCAGAGGCUUUGACCGCAACUGGACAUUAAGGAAUACUUCAGCAUCAUCUUCCCAACCACAACUCCACUGAAUCCUCACAGCAGAGAAAAGUGGAGAGGAAAAGUCCGUCUUACCUCAGAGGGACCUGUGGCACCACUGAAAGGUGGAGCCAACCCCGGUGCCACCAACUCUGGAAGGAUGAUGAACAGCAUCUAGUGGAUUUUUAUUCUUUGUCAGAACAGAGUGUGUUAGUGAGGUAUCAGGACACUGUUUUCAGAUAACGUGGGAGGAAAAACAAAGACGCAGAGAAAGAUGCCUUUCGGUGGGUUAGCAGGUUUGAAGGAACAGGUGCUUAAGCCGGGGAAGGAGGAAGUGAAGAACACAGUGGGGGACUCUCUAGGAAAGCUGCAAAGGAAAAUAGAUGGUAGUAAUGUAGAAGAAGAGGACAACAUUGAACUAACAGAGGAUGGGCGUCCAGUGGCAUCAGCACCACGUGCUGCCCCACUGCUGGACUGCAGCUGCGGCGGUCUGCCCAAGCGCUACAUCAUUGCCAUCCUCAGUGGCCUGGGCUUCUGCAUCUCCUUUGGCAUCCGAUGCAACCUUGGUGUGGCCAUAGUGGAGAUGGUGAACAACAACACCGUCUACAUCAACGGGACUCCUGUGAUUCAGAAAGCUCAGUUUAACUGGGACCCGGAGACAGUGGGGCUCAUCCAUGGAUCCUUCUUCUGGGGCUACAUCGUCACUCAAAUCCCUGGUGGUUUCAUUUCCAACAAGCUGUUUGCCAACAGGGUGUUUGGGGCUGCCAUUUUCCUGACGUCAGUGCUCAACAUGUUCAUCCCAUCAGCAGCGAGGGUGCACUACGGUUGUGUCAUGUUUGUUCGCAUCCUGCAGGGCUUAGUGGAGGGUGUCACCUACCCAGCAUGUCAUGGGAUGUGGUCCAAAUGGGCGCCACCUCUUGAACGGAGUCGACUGGCCACAACUUCAUUCUGCGGAUCCUACGCAGGAGCAGUGAUCGCCAUGCCUUUAGCUGGAGUGCUCGUUCAGUAUGUCGGAUGGUCCUCGGUCUUCUAUGUCUAUGGUGUGUUUGGGAUCAUCUGGUAUGUUCUGUGGCUCCUGCUGGCAUACGGAAGUCCUGCUGAACAUCCCACAAUCACCGAUGAGGAGAGGACGUACAUCGAGUCUACCAUCGGAGAAACAAUGCGCCAGCUGAGUGUAACUGAGAAAUUCAAGACUCCGUGGCGUCGUUUUUUCACCUCCAUGCCUGUCUAUGCCAUCAUCGUGGCCAACUUUUGUCGCAGCUGGACCUUCUACCUGCUCCUCAUAAGCCAGCCGGCGUAUUUUGAGGAAGUCUUCGGAUUCCCCAUCAGCAAGGUGGGGAUCCUGUCCGCUGUCCCCCACAUGGUGAUGACAAUUGUAGUUCCAAUUGGAGGACAGCUGGCUGACUUCUUACGCAGCAACAAAAUCAUGUCCACCACAAAUGUGAGGAAACUCAUGAACUGUGGAGGAUUUGGUAUGGAGGCCACUCUGCUGUUGGUGGUGGGGUUUUCUCACACUCGAGGAGUCGCCAUCACUUUUCUGGUUCUGGCUGUAGGUUUCAGUGGAUUCGCCAUCUCAGGUUUUAAUGUCAAUCACUUGGAUAUUGCUCCUCGCUACGCCAGCAUCCUGAUGGGCAUUUCUAAUGGUGUGGGAACGCUAUCUGGGAUGGUGUGUCCUUUGAUUGUUGGAGCCCUGACUAAACACAAGACUCGUCUGGAGUGGCAGAAUGUCUUUGUUAUUGCAUCUAUGGUGCAUUACUCAGGGGUCAUCUUCUACGCUAUCUUUGCUUCGGGAGAGCAGCAGGACUGGGCCAAUCCUGAGAGCACCAGCGAGGAUAAAUGCGGCAUUAUUGAUGAGGACGAGCUUGCUGAGGAGUCAGAGCUCAAUAUGGAAAACACGAUGGCUCCCAAAAUGAGUUACGGAACCACAGACAAUUCAUCUGGUCGAAUACAGGGCUGGAAAAAGAAGAGAGGAGUGACGAUGCAAGAGGAGGAGGAACAUUAUGGGAAUGGUGACUACCAGGAUCGGUACCAGUGAGAUGCCUUCUGGGGCAAAGGACUUCAAAACACUCUGGCUGAGGCUGAAAGUUUGAUUUCAUACAUGUGGAAAUUUCAGAAACAUUGGAGAAGUGAACAAAGCAGCAGCAUCAUAUGUACCUAAAGCCGGACCUUUUUCAUUUUUGGUCAAUACUCCAGUUAAACUGUAAUGUACUGUCAUGUCGAAAAUCAUAAGGAAACACAACGUAAAAAGUAAAAAAAUCAAACAUUUAUUAAAACCCCAUAAGGACAAAACCUGAAAGAAAUAAAUCAACAAACAUGUAAUAUAAUCAGAAACUGAGCUAUGGAUUUAAUUUACACUGACCUAAACUGUAGACUAGUAUGCUUAGUGUAAUGGAAAAUAAACCACAGACCAACAUUCAUGAAGCAACUGUGUUGAAAGAACGUCAGAAACACAUAUCAACUUUCUGCAUUGUGUCGAUCGUACUCCGUCUGUGCAAGCAAACGGUGACUGACCUUUACGUAGCUUAUUUUGAACGCUGUGAGCAGUUUUUUAAAUGUUUUGUGUCAGCUAUGCAACGUGAAAAGAGAUAUGCUCCUGGAAUGUAAUAAUGGGUUUGAUAGCAGUGUUAAUGUUAUGAGCCUUAUUGUUUUUGCUUUUUUUUUUUUUUUGCUUGUAUGUAUUUGCAGUUGUUAAAUGAUUGCACUUCUUCGUCACAGCUUCGCUCGCUCUCCUUGUCCGAGCAGGUUUUAGUUCACCGUCCAUCUGUAAUGCACUUCUUCCAGCAUUAUGUCAGCUUCAUUAUUUAUAGUGUUCUGAGCUCAUAAUGGGACGUAAUGGAUGGUGAACUCAGUGCUGACAUCGCUCCAUGAAGCAUUUAGUGUAACUCUAUUUAUUCUCCUGGUGUUUGUCUUUUUUGCUAUUUCUCAAUGUUUGAUACAUGAAGACCCAGUUUGUUUCUAAAUAAUAAUAAUAAUAAUAAUGUACUGUAAUGUUUAAUCAUAUAGAGUAUGAGAAAUUUACACUCACUGUUUAUCAUUACUGCUAAAAAAGAGAAAAUCGAUUUUGUACAGUAAAUUAUUAUCUUAUUGUUUGAGAGAGCAUUGAUUUGAUUUGCACUUUACUUGAACACACUGGA